AGCGGUUUGGUACUUAAAGCGUAAAAACAAUCGUUUUUACAUUUUAAUUAGAAAUCGAUUUUAUAAAAACGAAAUUUGAAAGUUUCUUUAUAUAAUACGUAAACGAUGAAGUGUCGGUUUAGGUAUUUAUUUAUCCAACUUGAUUUUUUUAAAUAGACAGUUUACGUUAACCGAACAUUCUUUCUUGAUUGGCAUUCCUAUGGAUUUAUGAGUUCGAUAACGAUUCAGUUAGAUUUUGUAUUUUAAAUUAUUCUGGUUGAAAUUUUACUGCAUUUUUAUCAUGUUAUCGUCUCUUAAGUUAUGCGGCUCUUCGGUUGAACUUCCCGGCUUCUACAUUUGUAGCGAAGAAGACGACGACGUAUCGACUCCGACGACAGAUGGAGAAUCGCCGAUAGUGGACGGAUUGCAAAUUCCACCUUACGACAUAAGACCUAUAGAAAGUCGCGGGGAGGAGAAACAAGCUUUGAAUCUUUUUAAAGCGGAUGGCAUUAAACUCAAAAUAGCCGAAUUAUUCAAACUUCGCUCUCGAGACUCCGACGCUUAUCUAGUCGCCGUCUUGGGCAAUUCUGGACUCGUAAUCGGAUGCUGCGUUUGUAUCGCUAUCGAUUGGAAAAUCGGGAUGAUCGUGAACUGCGCGAUUAACGAGGAGUACAAAGAAGCGACGGAUUUACUCAAAUCGCAACUACUAGACGAAGCCGUCAAACAUCUUUCUCCGCGUUACGUGUACGUAAACGUAAAAGUCGGCCGUAACGUAAACGCCCGACUUAUUUCUUACACUUCUCGCUGGAACAUCGACGUGUACGAGACCUACUGCAGGAUGUUGAGAACGGUGUCCGUUAGCCAUCCAGCUCAAACUUUAUGUAAAUGCGUGGUGCGUUUUCGACGAACUUUGUCUUUCUGCUCCGAAAAACCCUCCAUGCUGGACAGCCGCUUUUUACUGCGAUAUUUUGACAUUAAGAGCGCGGUGGGAUUCUACAUCUUUCAAAAGGAAACGGAUAAUUAUUGCUACCUUUUCAAAUAUUUCGGCAGAUGGCUUUUGGCGCCCAUGUACGCCACUUCCGAAGAUUUCGCUCGCGUAAUUCUACGCGAGGUGGCAAAUUACGUCAGACGCCAGCCGGAAAUAGCGGGUUCGAUAAUGGCGUUUAGUCCUUACCGUCCCGAAGGAAUCAACAAAAGCGGAGAAUUAUUGGAAGAAAUGGGAUUUAUUAAAACUUCGAUAACGUAUAAGCAGAAGUUUUCGGAAUCGGUUAUGAACGAUUACUCGGGAGAUGCCGUAGAACUAUGUGUCGUUUGAAGUUAAUUCCGUUCCGGACUGUACCCGUUCGAAGCGAAUUCGCGUCUUACGUCAAUAUGUAAACGUGCAAAAAUAAAACGAUGUCGUUCGUUUAUCCGCUCUUUCCGAUGGAAUAAAAAAGUAAUGACUACAUUCCUCCCAGUUUUUUUAUUAAUUUACAUUUCCGUCGUGUGAAAUAGUCGUUGCCGAGUAAAACGAUGAAAUUGUAGUUAAAAUUCGUGUACUGUAUUCUAUUUUUGACUUUUCGCAGUGGAUUUUAACAUGUGAAAAAUAACACGUCGAUUUUAUGAACGAUAAUCUUCGCAUUUAUUUGCGAUUCAUUGACUGUUCGAGUUUCGAUUUUUAAAAAAAAAUGGUUACGAAUAUAUAUUUAUAGUGUGUAUGUGUUCGUCAAUAUCUCUAACGUCGCAUCCGAAUCCAUACAUAAUAGUAAAAGUUUAUGCGCUUAAUUCCAAUAGUGUAUGGAAAUCCCGAUGCUUAAUUUACCCAGAGAAAAGGUGGUGGAAAGCCAACGAAUCUCUUGGACGGUGACGUCGUUUUCGGAGAGUUUCGCUCUCUUACAAAUCUUGUAGAACUUUGUCGCAGCAAGCUUUUACAAGCGAUUAAAUUUAAUAUUUAACUUAUAACUUAUUGUAUUUUAUAACGCAUAGGCUAUAUUGCUGAGGGGCUCGUGCCCAAAUGUAUCUUUUGACUGAACAGCAACAAUAAAAAUACUUCUAAAACAGUGAUUAACCGUGUCUCUCCUACAAUUACUUUCUAACAGCGGACUUACGAUAGUGAAAGAAUCAUCUGGUUAUUACGUAUUAACCUAUCUGGAAUCACGUAAUUAUAACUUUUCCUUUGAAACAUGUCUGUGAUGUGUAAUUUCUUGUAGCACUGAGCUUUUGUUUAGCACAACACCGAAACAAAUUGCAAUUUGCGGAAUGCGUGUGCCAAAUUAUCGAACAAAGUCCGAAUUAUCGGC